AUGUUUUCUAGAGUCUUACUCCGUAGUUUAGAGAAAAUAUUCAAGACGACUGGUUGUACAAAAAGGAACUACUCUCCAAAGAUCUCCUUCAACAAAGUCACAGACUCCACCGUUAAGUCUCUCAGGGAUCUCCUUGGGGAGAAAAAGGUUUUCACAGAAGAGGCUGUCAGAGAGCAGCACAGCCACGAUGAGUCCUACCACACGUCGGCUAUGCCGGAUGUUGUAGUUUUCCCAGAUUCCGUGGAGUACGUCAGCAAAGUUGUUGCAUUCUGCAACACUAAUCGCAUCCCCGUAGUUCCCUAUGGAACAGGGACUGGCCUUGAAGGCGGAGUCAAUGCUGUACAAGGUGGCGUUUCCAUAAAUAUGAAGAACAUGGAUAAGGUAGUUGAGGUCAAUGGCCUGGACUUCGAUGUAACGGUACAGCCAGGCAUUACCCGGGAGGCUUUGAACAGCUACUGUCGAGAUACAGGCAUGUGGUUUCCUAUAGAUCCUGGUGCCGACUGCUCGGUGUGUGGCAUGUGUGCCACUAGUGCUUCAGGAACCAACGCUGUCAAGUAUGGGACCAUGAGGGAAAACGUGCUGAAUCUGGAAGUGGUCCUACCUGAUGGACGGAUCAUCCACACCUCGGGCAAGGGCAGGCGGGCAAAGAAGACAUCGGCUGGCUUCAACAUGACCAAUCUGUUUGUUGGGUCGGAGGGGACUUUGGGCAUCAUCACUCAAGCAACAGUCAAAAUGCACGGCAUUCCAGAAAAGACAGUUGUGGCAUAUUGCCACUUCAAAAAGAUCGAAGACGCCGUGGAUACUGUGAUACAGAUCGUGUCAAGUGGCAUUCCCGUGGCCAAGUGUGAAUUUUUGGACGACAGCGCCAUCAAGGCAUUCAACGCCUACUCCGACUACCACAUGCCCGUAGCCCACUCGCUGUUCAUGGAGGUCCACGGGCCGGAGGCCAGUGUCCAUCACCUGUUCAACGAGAUUACUACUUUGUGUAUCUCAAAUAACGGCUACGGUUUCACUGGAGCGGAACAGGCGGAGGACAGGGCUCGACUCUGGAAGGCCCGGCAUGAAAUGUUGUACGCCGUGAAUGCCUUGGUUCCUGGCUCUAAGUCAUUUGUAACGGAUGUGUGUGUGCCGGUCACAAAGUUGACAGAAAUAAUUGUCAAAACGAAACAAUGGAUUGAUAAGGCAAACAUUAUCGGGCCCAUUGUUGGUCAUGUUGGGGAUGGAAACUUUCAUGUAUUUUUCCCUAUAAAACCUGGGGAUACUACAGCUUUGAACACAGUUCUCGACAUCUCAAAGCAGAUGGUUUUACUGAGCUUGGCGCUCAAUGGCACAUGUACUGGCGAGCAUGGGAUCGGGUUGGGCAAAAGGAAAUAUCUCCUGCAGGAAGUUGGGGAAGACGGGGUCAGUGCAAUGCAACAGGUCAAACAGGCGUUGGAUCCCAAUGGGAUCAUGAAUCCAGGAAAGAUCUUUUACUGA